CCUGCUCCAGUGGCACAUCUUGGCGACAGGUAUUACACAACCACUGUGUACUCCCACUCCCUGGGCCGUAACUAGGCGAUUAACGACCUCAGACUGGUGGAAAGACUGGAGACAGUGAAUCUGAGAGGACCUCAAAAGGUGAGCUGCGAGGGAGGGCCACGCCCAGCUUCGCCCAGGCCGCGCCCACACCACCACCCUCCUACUUCGCUGAAAGGGCGGCACCCGACUCCAGCCUCGCCCCCCAACGUCACAACCAAGGCCAAGGGGCGGGCUUGACACUCUGCGGAAGAGCGAGGAUAGACCCAGGCCCAAGCGGAGCUCUCUGGGAUAGCUGGCGACUAGCAGGAUGGGCAGCAGCUCGCUGUCGGAGGACUAUCGCCUGUGCCUGGAGCGCGAGCUGCGGCGCGGCCGCGCGGGCGUCUGUGGCGACCCCUCGCUGCGCGCGGUGCUCUGGCAGAUUCUGGUGGAGGACUUCGACCUGCACGGGGCGCUACAGGACGAUGCGCUGGCACUGUUCACUGAUGGCCUGUGGGGCCGUGCUGACCUGGCGCCAGCCCUCCGCGAUCUGGCCCGCGCCUUCGAACUCCUAGAGCUGGCCGCUGUGCACCUGUACCUGCUGCCCUGGAGAAAGGAGUUCACCACCAUCAAGACCUUCUCAGGGGGCUAUGUGCAUGUGCUGAAGGGUGUACUCUCUGAGGAGCUCCUGACUCGAAGCUUCCAGAAGAUGGGCUACGUGCGCAGGGACAACCACCGCCUAAUGGUGACCACCCCACCCCCUGCCUGCCAGCUGGUGCAGGUGGCCCUGGGCUGCUUUGCUCUCCGGUUGGAGUGUGAGAUCCUAGGUGAGGUGCUGACCCAGCUGGGUACCAGUGUGCUACCAGCUGAGGAGCUGCUCCGAGCUCGACGGGCUAGUGGGGAUGUGGCCUCCUGUGUAGCCUGGCUUCAGCAGCGGCUGGCCCAAGAUGAGGAGCCCCCACCCCUGCCCCCUCGGGGCACACCUGCUGCUUAUGGGGCCUCAGUGGACCUGUACCAGGACCUGCAGGAAGACGAGAGCUCAGAGGCCAGUCUGUAUGGUGAGCCUUCGCCAGGCCUGGACUCACCUCCUGUGGAACUGGCCUAUAGGCCACCACUCUGGGAGCAGAGUGCCAAACUAUGGGGCUCUGGAGGCCAGUCCUGGGACACCCCAGCUGAUGAGCUACACCGGGCCAGCAGCCCACCAUACGGGGCUCUGGAAGAGGAGCUGGAGCCAGAACCCUCUGCUUUCUCCUUCCUCUCUCUGCGCCGGGAGCUGAGUCGGUCAGGGGACUUAGCUCCCCCUGAAUCCCCUUCAAGCCCUGGGCAAGCCAGCCCCCGUCACAGGCAGGCAGAAGGAGCAGCACCCUCGGCCUACGGGCCAGCUGUUGAGCCUCUGAGCUACCAGGCUCAUAGCUGCUUGAGCCCUGGCAACCUACCCACCCUCUGCUGUGACACUUGCCGCCAGCUACACGCUACCCACUGCACUGCCCUAUCUGCCUGCCGCCCGACUCAUUCACUGCGCAUACUUCUUGGUGACAACCAGAGACGCCUGUGGCUGCAACGAGCACAGGUGGAUACCCUGCUCUAUGACAGUCCUGGGGCCCAUCCCUAGGCCCAGGUGGACCCCAAGUCUUCUGGGGACACAGUUUUCACGGUGCUUCUUUUAGGAAAGGGCCUAGGCCACUGACUGCCCUGGCCUUCCUAUUCCCCAGGGGAGUCCAGGACCUGCAGGUCAAAGAGGGUGGAGCCUUCAUGGAAUGCUCUUGCCUGGUGCCCUACCAGACAUCCUCACGGACAUGCCCGUGUCAGCCCUGGUGCAGCAGGCCGAGCUCAAUCAACAAGAUCCUUCCCCCAUGUCCCUCUCCUCACGCCCAGAUGUGCUGGGUAGAGAGGUCCAGGUUACCCCUGUUACAGUACCCAAACUCACUCUAAGACCCCAGCCUAUGAACUGCCUGAAGCUCCCUACCUGACCCCUGCAGUCUAUGACUAAGGAUGUCCCUCUCUCCAUGUACUGAGAAACCUCACCCAGGGGCUUGCUCAAGAGACUGCAGGUGACACAGUAAGAGCCCCGAGUUAGGUUUGUGCCAUGUGGGAGGGUCUGAUAGAACAGAGCUAACUUAGCUGUGAGGACCCCGGUUCACCUCUGCUGUUAGUAAGGAGGCACUGCAAAAACAGUGGGAGGCACACUCCCAGGCAGUGGGGGGAGCUGUCACCCCCAUCCAGCAGGAAUGAUUCUCAGCAAUCAGCUGCCUACCAGCCAAGGGGAAAGUGCGCACAGGCCACUUCCCGGGCGACUGCCAAAAAGCAGCUCACUGCCCCUUGGAGCUCAUUCUGGGCACAGAGCUAACCAGGAAGAAUUAUACCCUCAUCUCCCAUGGGGGUAGCCCAGGACCCCUCAUUAGGGCCCCUAAACCACUCAUCCUCAGGAGGGGGAUAAUAAAGGGCUGGGUUUUCAUCAACCACUCAGAGGCCCAGACUCAGAGAUCACCACUCUGCAAACACUCCCUCUAGUGGCACCCCCUCUGCCAAGCCUGUUCCCACUCCUCCUGCAGGCCCGCAGAGGACACUGUCC